AUGACCCUUACAUGUCUUACAAAGUCUCCAACAAGGUCCAAGACCCUGAAACUCCUAAGUGCUGACCUUGUAAAGCGUGACUUUAUCAGCUUGCUGCAGCAAGUUGUACUCGGUGCCCAGCUGUCUAAGAGUGGAGUGGACUUGCUUUGUCAGAACCAAAAAUCCAUCUUAGAUCUUGACUUGAGCUUGUGUUCUCGCAUGACAGACUUGGCAGUGCUCUCUGUGUGUCAGCAUCUUACCCAUAUCAAGAAGCUAAAUCUCCGUAGAUGUCAAGGAAUUACUGAGAAUGGUAUCAGAGCAUUAAGACAGCUGAAGCACCUUGAGGAGCUGAACAUUUCCCACCUCGAUGCAGUCACCUCUGAGAGUGUUGAGGAAGCCCUUGGCAAGGAGCCCCGUCCCAGUUUGAAGUUACUCAAUGUUGCCUCACUGCCACUCAGCUGGAAGGCAGUCGUGAAUAUAGCAGCAUCACUGCCGAACCUGACUUUCCUAGAUGUAUCAAUGUGCACUGGAGGAAUCAAUGAUAAAGUGUACAGGUGA